GGCUUCUGUGCUGCAGGUGGACCGGGCGGGCAGCCAACCAAGAAGGUUCUUUUCACAAGAGGGAGCCCUUGCGCACAAGCUCGAAGGCUGCCAGCGGGAAGACCGAACACACAGGAAGUGUUUGAACGCCCCAAAAUACUCCCCGCUUACAGGUGCUGGAGCGGCUCCACCCCGUAAAAACCACCGACUCAGGGGUGGAGAAGGGCGGCGGGCUUGACGCCGCCCGACAAGUAGCCCCGCCCCCUCAGAGGGCGGGGCGGAUGCCCGGAUGUGGAGUCUCCGCGAGAGUGCGUCACGUGAGGAGCCCGUCCGGGGGCGGCCCCAGUCGCGCCACGUGACCGCCCCAGCCAGCCAAUGGGAGAGCGCGGUGGAGAAUUUCGAAUGUGGCGGCGGCAGUCGGCGGGCGGCGAGACACGGUGCCUGCGAACCCGAGGCCCCGGAGGUCGGGGCGCGCACGGCCGGACAGCCUCGCGGAGCCGUGGGAUGUGAGGAGGAGGGCGACAGCCGUGGCAGAAGCGGUGGCCGAGGCAGAAGAUGGCCAAGGAAAGAUGCCUUAAAAAGUCCUUUCAAGAUAGUCUUGAAGACAUAAAGAAACGCAUGAAGGAGAAAAGGAGUAAAAACUUGGCAGAGAUUGGCAAACGGAAGUCUCUGAUAGCUGCGCCAGGCCAGAUCAUCACCAACACUUCUACACUGCUGAGAAACUACCAAGACAACAACAGAAUGUUAGUCUUAGCUUUGGAAAAUGAGAAGUGCAAAGUGAGAGAAGCCCAGGAUAUCAUCUUACAGCUGAGGAGGGAGUGUUACUACCUCACGUGCGAGCUGUACACGUUGAGAGGAAAACUGACUUCACAAGGAGCAGAAGAACGUGCCCAGGACCAGAAAGUAUGUCCCUCUGGAAUGGACUGCAGUAGUGACACCGACUCUGGGGAUCUGCUUGUGGAGGAUUCACCGCAAGUUCCUCUUCAGGAAGCUGACUUUCCAGGACAAGGAGAAUCAUCCCAAAUAGAAGAGCAAAUACCUACUAUUUCCCAAGACAGACUGGGAUUUGAUGUGGAUACAGGUGAAGAGAAGUCAGCUGACAGUGUCUUACCUAGAACUGUGUCUCUCCGUCGCAGUCUGAAGAAACCUGUUAAUAAUCUAUGUGAGUUCAGUAGCUUGGAUGAUUUUGGAAUCAGUCAUUUGUCAGAGCAGUCUUUUGAACUGAAAAGAAUUAGAUGUGUACACCCACCAGGAAACAUGCAAAUACCUGAAAAUGUAGAACAGAAUGUUUAUCGAUGGAACAAGGAUCAAAUCAACUUACCACCAAAGCUGAUUCACCCAGGACACUUUACUGAAACAAAAGAGGACAUUUUACAGGACAAAUCUGAACAAACUGAAAACAAGCACAGAGACGCACUAGGAGGAAAAAGAGAAGGGAGAAGAAAAGCUAACAGAAGGAGGAAAUCAAAACCUAUAUCAAAAUAUAAGGGGAGCAAAAGUGAAAAUAAAAAAAACGUUUCCAAAAAAAAGUUGGGUAAAUCUGUCACCUGCAAGGAUGCUUACAAUUUUAAUUUGGAAGAGGGUGUUCAUCUUACUCCUUUCCGACAAAAAACGAGCGAAGAUUCUAAAAGAGAAGAAAACAGCAAUGAAUCUGAAGCGAGCAUCUGUGAAUCCAGCAGCUCCGGUGAUGAUUCUGAUGACCUCUAUUUGCCCACGUGCAGGAGCCGUCAGGAUCUCACCAGUGAGUCACAUAAGAGUCCGGUCACCCGGCCUCGAUCUAAAAGAGCACUGAAACAUAGUGGUGAGGAGGAGACAGCAGGCUCUGAGCCAACAAAAACUCCUAGUAGUGCACUACCUGAGACUCGCCGGUCACCUCAUUUUAGCCUGAAGGAUAUCACAAAUGUCCCCUUGUAUCCUGCAGUGAAAGCCAGAAAACUUUCUCUUUCUCCAAAAAAGAACAUAGAAAGCCCACCGGUAUCUCUGCGCAAGCGCAGGUGCACAGCCAUUGUGAACUAUAAGGAACCCACGCUCGCCUCGAAACUGAGAAGAGGAGACCCUUUUACAGAUUUGUGUUUCCUGAAUUCGCCUAUUUUCAAGCAGAAAAGGGAUUCCAGAUGCAGUUCAAAAAAAAAAAGUACGAAGCAGAUACAAUGAAGCAUUUGUUGGAUGCUAUUUAAAUUCAUCCUACACCCCCUUCUAUGGCGCCACGAGAGAAUCUGUAAGAUAGCGUUCAAGUGGGUGGAACUCUUUCCGUAGAGUACUCUCUUGACAAGACUCUUCAAUCAUGAACAUUUCUUCAGAACUGUACAUCAGAUGUGAUUUUUUUUCCUUCAGCCUUUAAUAAAUUUGGGGUUUUUCCUUUUAAAGAUAAAUAAUUGGACUUAAGCAUUAUAAUAGUUUAGAAUUCUUACACUGCCUAAAACUGUAUUGUAGUCAAAACAUAUCUUAGACCAACAUUUGGAAAUUAAUAAUGUUCAUUCAAAUUAAGAUGUUUUAAUUAUAAGGCAUCUUUAUUUUUUCCCUUAAGUGGGUAAUACUAUAAUUGAAUGAAUGAUUUUUGAAGACAGGCUGAGGAUCUUUUGACACUUCCCUGUAUAAUAUUUGAAUAAGAUAAACCCUUGGCACUCACAGUAGGGUACAGCCGUUGUAUUUGACUUUUCAGAUAAAACGUGUAAAUCAUGAUGAGAGAGUCAAUGUUUCUCAGGCUCAGGGACCAGGUAAGUGACUAGCUCUGAACCGCCAGCUCUCCGUGUACUUGGUGCCUCAGCAAAACCACAAAUGAUGAUGUUCUGGCCUUUCAGGAUGGCGCCUCAUUUGGUCAGAAAUCCCAGAUGUGGAAUGUGUAAAUGCCAAGGACUCUUUUGUGUUUUUGGUGAACCAGUGAGAGGGAAUUAGUUUGGUUCUGAAAGUUUGAAGCCUGUACUUGUGUAUUCCUCUUUAAACUUUAGUUACUCAUUUUUAAAGAGCAAUAAAAUUUGUAUAAGAUA